AUGCCCGACGUUAUACAACGCGUCUUGAGCGCGUUGUGGCGCCUUAUCCUGAUGGGCGGCAUAUUCGGCGUCGCCUACAUUGUUUGGGAUGCCCAAGUCCACCCUGUUCACACCAUUCUCAUUCCCGCUUCCUGGUUCUUUUACAGCUACGUGCUGGUCUUCCCCACGUCCCAUCUCGCCGCUGGCCUCUUCUACUACUUCGGUCUACUCGAUGACAUCAAAAUCAUGGUCCUGAUCUUUAUCUUCACUGGAUUCCUCUCGUUACACGCCCUCUACCAGCACCACCCAGUCGGCAUGAUCUACAUCGUGGCUUUCGGUAUAAUCGACUUCUGUAUCAUCCAACGAAGGGCUUCUCGAGCUGCUAUGGAGUCAGCCACGACGCAGCCUGAUGCAGCUUCUGUGGAAGCCGAGGACUCUGACGAGACUAAUACCGACACUGACCACGAAUCAAGCCUCGAAGAUGAAUCGGAGCACUCUGCGGAGCCUACGGAACCUGCUGAGCCAGAGAAACUUCAUGACUCUGAGCCCUCGAAUGGCCAACUUGUUCUCAUCGCCGUUCCUGCUGGCCCGUCGGUCGAGGAAGUCGGGCAGCCAAGCUCUUGGGCUCGCAGCGCGAUGAAGAUCCUCUGGUCCUUCCUGUGCGCCAUUGUCAAGGUUGGAGCUGCGGCCCUGGUGAUACACUUCCUCAUUGAUGUGUCGCUCAAGGCCUGGACGCUCACCCCGGUACCUGUGGACAUCGCCCCUCUGUUCGAGCCUGAAGUUAUCAUUCAGGCCAACAAGACUGAGCUUCCGAUCCCUGUCCCAAUGGCCGAGUUCACCCCUACCGGUACCUUCGGAAGCCCCUGCCAAGCUGCCCCGACGCCAACGCCGGUCGCCAAGUCGAUAGUAACUGUCAUGUCAACACCGAUGCCGACACCGAUGCCAGCGCCCACACCCAGCGCCAUGCCAGAGCCAGUGCCAGAGCCGGAACCGGUGGCCGUUCCUGACGAGGCGUUCGAGCUCCUCAACCGCCUGUUUGACUUCCCCUUUCCCGAUCCAAAGCCUCUUCUAACAUGGUACUUCGACCUUCCCCCUUCAUCGCAAUAUGCCGUCAUUGUCGCUUCCCUGCUGGUGCUUUGGUGCUUCUCAAAGCCCCUCGCUAUCCUGACACCCAACCUCAUCGUCUUGGCUGUCGACUACUUCGCCGCAGCCGCAAUGCUGCCCCUGCUGUUCCGCUACGGCUUCGCACCCAAACAGGCGAUCGUCAUCACCUUCGCAGCAGACUGUGCUUUGACCGUGAGCAUCUGGUACGCCGUGUACUGGCUUUUGAAACUGGAGGCAGCGUGCCGAAACAGCGCCACCGGCCUCGACGAUGUCAAGAGACAAUCCGAGGACAACGCUUCUGGCAUCGCUGAUCUCAGGAACCUAUCCGAGGAUACUGCCUCUGGCCUUUCCGAUCUCAGGAGCCAGUUCAGGGAGAAUGACGCCGGUCUUACAGGCCUCGGGAACCGCUUCGAGGAAUUUGUCACGCAGAGCAAGCUGGGGUGGGCCGACACGGUGAAGCCGAUCGCUGUCUUCGAGAAGGUGCUCGACAUACUUGUAUUUUGCGUCGACAGCAUCGGGAACAGGGUUGAUGCACUGGCAAAGACAGUCAGGCAUCACACCACCGAGAUAUACGCACUCGGCAAGGAAGUCGGCACCAAGGCCGACCUCGAACAAACCAUGAGGAUCCUCGAGCAGAUCUCUGGUAGAAUUGCUAGCCUUGAGACUUCGAAAGCAGAUGCAGGUAUCCUACAGGCGGCACAAGACGAAUUGAAAUCGCUGCGUUCCUUGGUUGAGAACCUCAAAGCCGAGAAGGUAGAUGCCGCAGAACUCGAGCGAGUCCAAAAGGAGCUGAAAGACCUGAAGAGCCGCAUCGAUAAUCUGGAAACCACCAAGGCCGAUGCUACAGCCGUUGCAGAUGUGGUCAGCCAAGUGAGGGGCCUAGUUACGGAUCUUAACGAGAUGCAAAAAGCCCAGUACCAACUCAACACUCGCGUUGAUACUCUCAGGACAGAGAUGGACGGCGCCCAGAAAGACAUCAAGUCUCUGAGCGAGACGAGAACUCAGCAUGGAGAUUCGAUCAACAGACUCGACAAGGACGCAAAGGAAUCAAAGAAUAAGUACAAUGAUCUCAACAGUCAGCAUCGCAACGAUAGGAAGAGAGCCGACAUGAGGAUUUCCGAGCUCGAGAAGGAAAACGCCAACCUCAGGCGGGACGUCGGCAACCUCCAGGGCAUUGCGGAAGGCUUUCACGACAGGAUGGCAGCUAUCGAGGCGAAAGAGGACAAGCACGAGCAGGAUCUGAACCAGCUCCGGGACGAUGUCAGAUCCGGCGCCGACCAGCUCCACUCUGAGAUCGACUCGAAUCAGAGCAAGGCCACGCAGGCACACAGUGAGCUGGAAGCCAGCGUCGACACCCGCUUCGCCGGCUCCGAUAAAGCUGUCAAUGAUCUCAAGGAGAAGACCAAGGAGAAACUUGUGGAACUGUCGAAAUUCACGAGCGAGGAGGCCAACAAAGUCUCGGCUGAAAUCUGGGGGGAACUUGAAGUGCGAACGACCAGCAUAGACAAGAGCCUUGUGGAGAUCUCCACGAGGAUCGACACGGCCGACCAGAGCAACUCCGGGGUCCUGCAGCGUGUGCAAGCCCUUGAAUCGCAAGGCGGCAGUUCCCUUGCCCAGCUUGGAGCCGAUGACUACAUUCGGAGCAGGUUCGAGGAGUACAUGGAAAACUUUCUGGUCAGUAAGAGAUUCUGGGCCGUUGUUGAGGACACGCAACUGAUCUUGAAGAAGCAAUCCAAUCGAGAGCGCCUGCGUGGCCAGGUUCAGGCAGCCAUGGAAGAGUUACUGGACACUGAGGAGAUUCAGCAAACCAUUUAUGCCAACCUCAUGGAGCGAAAAGCCCUCGACAACACGAACGGUAACGACGAGCCCCUGGGUGACCCCCCUGGGGUGAUCUCCGAGGGUCGGGCGACCCCUCCCGGCGACAUUUCAUCGGACGACAAUACCGGACCCACCAUCCCUGAGGAAUCAACCAUUCCGGACGACGCUGACGACCACCACGGCACUCGCGGCGUCCCUCCUGGUGAUCCCCCUGGGGUGUGUCUCAGAGGGCGCGCGGCGAGCCUGGGUGGAAGCACGUCGGACGGUCCCUCUUGUGAUGGUGGUACUGGACCUCGACCCUCGGGCGAGGACGACGAUGACGCGCUUCAGCCGAAGCGGCGGGAGGGGAACGAGCCGUGUGAGGCUGGCGGAUUGACUGACGAACAACUCCAUGGCCCGGCCGAUCCGGAGCAGCCUGGCGGUGAGGACGAGGAGACGGACGAGGAGGGGGAGGAUGACGACGAUGAUGACGCCCACAAUGACGGAAAUGACGAUGGUUCGGACGACGAUGGUCCGGACGACGAUGGUCCUCCGGGUCCGUCUCCCGGAAGCGGCGGCUCCAACGGUCACAAUGGCACCGGUGACGACGACAAUGAUGAUCAAGACGGACACAACGGUGGCGCCCCUCGCCCGUUCACCAGCCAUGGCACCACCUGCGGCGCUCCAGGUCUUUCCAACUCCUGCUAUGCUUCUGACCCAUCUCUGGACAGCGGUACGCAACACAGCAGUGGAGCAGACGGUGGGCCACAGGACGACAAUGACGAUGGCUCAGAACACCCUUCCGAGGAGGAGCACAAAGACAACCCGAACAAAGCUUUGCGGAAAUUGAAUCAAAUGCACGGGAAUAGGCAACAGGCUGUCAAGAAUGCGAUAGACCGAGUGGAGAAGGAGAAGCGACAGCAACAGCAAGGGCAGAACCUUCCGGCGCCAGCGAAGAACCAGCAAACGGCUGAGGGACAGCUAAAGAACGCACACAGGAAUCUAGCUCACACUCAGAAUCAGCUCAUCAAGGCGCUGGAUCGGGCAGAGCAGGCUCGAAACCAGCCAGGGCCAACGCAGAACCCCCCGCAGCAAGCGAAGGAUCGACGGCCGGAAGCGCGGAGGCUGCUGAAGGCAGGGCCGGGCCUGCUACAGGAAGCGGAGAACCAGUUAACGGAUCUUCGGUCGAGGCUCGAGCACGCGCAGAACGAACACAUGCAGCAGGAGAAUCAGGACGUGCAUCAGAAAAUCGAAGACACGAAGGAAAAGAUCCAACUACUACUGCGACAGAACCAGCCAGCGUCGAGUCAGAGUCAGCCAAUACACCGGCAGAGCCAACCAACUCAACUCCAGAACCACCUGAAGCAAGCACAGGGCCACCCAAUGCAGCCAUACAGCCAGCCCACACAAUACCCAAAACAACAGACUGGGAAGGGCCAAGAGCAGUAA